AUGGCUCCCAACUGGACACACCUGGUUCGGUUUGUUGCCAAAGAAGAUAAUCAUAUUUACUUGGGCCAGGUUGAUUGCCGGCAAUGGCCAGAUGUUGGUUUAGCCGUGUUCCAGGGAGAACAGGUCAAAGUGCAGCUGGUGAGAGGGUCAAUUUACGACGGCGUUGUGACCGAUACCGUGUUGACCAUCAAACGGCUCCUGUCCCCCAUUAGCAUGGAGGAGAUACCUAUUGUUCGUUGUCUGGGGCUCAACUAUCGCGAUCACGCUAGGGAGGCCAACAUGCCCAUCCCGGAUGUGCCAGUCCUCUUUAUCAAGCCUCGCACUGCCAUCACUGGACCAUUUCCCGCAGUCAUCAAUAUUCCGAAGAUUGCACAGGACGGAACCAGUGAUUAUGAGGCGGAGCUCGCAGUCGUCUUGUCCAAGACCGGGCGGGACAUUCCUAAGUCGGAAGCUAUGGACUACGUCUUGGGAUACACCUGCAGCAACGAUGUCAGCGCUCGCGCUCAGCAAUUCAAGAACAGCCAGUGGUGCUUCUCAAAAGGGCUGGACGGCUCUUGCCCUCUUGGACCUGCCUUGGUGUCUCCGGCCGCCGUGGCUGACCCUCAUAAGCUCCGAAUCAAAGCGGUGCUAAAUUCUGGUGUAGUACAGGACUCGAAUACAGGGGAAAUGAUUUUCGAUAUCGCCGAGACUAUCGCGUUCUUAUCCCAGGGAACCACACUUGAGCGAGGAACGGUUAUUCUCACCGGAACGGGCCCUGGAAUAGGGGCGAUGCAGGAUCCGAAGGUAGUACUACAGGAUGGCGAUGAUAUGCGUGUGGAAAUAGAGGGUCUAGGAACCUUGAUAAAUAAGGUUCGAUACGAGAACUAG